AUGCUCAUGACUGGCAAGGAGCGCCAGAACCUACUCAACGCCAUGGACCUACACACCAGUGCGGGCCACAAGGGCUUCUCAGAGCUGCCGGAGCUGUCGAGGGUCCUCCGCGGCUGCCCACCCAUCCAUCACCAACAUCCCGGUGAAGCCUGCCUGCCCACCUUGCAACCAGGGCAAGGCCAAGAGGGCGCCCAUCCGUCAUCCCACCGGCCACCGCAAGGACGCCAGACGACCAGCACAGAAGUGGCACGUCGAUUGGGCACAUAUGCGCGGGCAGAUCGGUCCUCUGGGGAGGACCUGCAGCUGGCGGUGCGGGCACCUACAAGGCUGACGGGUCUUCACGCCGCUCAAGAUGGAGGGGUCCCUCUUGGUGGCCAGCUCAAGAGCUCCCUGAGCAUCACAGCCAACAAUCCCCUGGGAGCCGACGUCGACAUCGGCGUGUCCGAGCUGCUACGGUCCCUCUUCCAAGCCCAAGGUGAAGAGAGAGAGGCCGGAUGCGUCAAUGUCUCACCUGACCAUUCAUAUGACCUAACCACUCAUUUGGCGUCUCUCUCUGUGUGCGUGUGUGUCCUGUCAGGUAACGCGGGCGUCGUAAUGGUCGCUUUGGCCGGCCUCUUGAUGCUGCCCAACUCAGUCCAACUAAGGUGAGCCCAACAGACAAGGGGGACGGACCAAUGAACGAGGCCGGCCAUGUGGUAUCUUCCUCCCUCCCUCCCUCCCUCUCUCUCUGAAUGUGUGCAUGCAGCCUCACUCCGUCUCUCCCUCGACAUGUCAAGCCGAGGUCGCCACCGAUAACCUGCUGGCGACUCCUUCGAUGCUACAGCGGAUGGAUGGAUGGACCAUUUCCUUUUUUUUCCACCUGUUCGGUUUGUGUGCGGCGGGGCGUUUGUUUGGUCUGAUCGGUCAUUUGCUUUGUCGGUCGAGUGUGUGUGGCGCAUGGUGCCGUCAGUGUGGCCUCGUGUGUUGCUGUGUCCAUUUCGUCUGGCCGGCUGUCUUUCUGUCUGGCUGGCUGUCUGGUGUGCGUCGAAUGUCUGCCGCCAUUGCCACGCGUGUGCCAUCCGGACACACCGACCACUGCGGCAAGAGUUGACUUCUUCUUAGAGAACGUCUGUCUGUCGUGUCGCCUCUCUGUCUGUCUGGCAGUCUCUCUGUCUGGCUGUCUGGCUGUCUGUCUGCCUUUCUGCCGCGGCUGCAUUGAAUUAUGUGGUGUGCUGUGAUGUGAUGUGAUGUGGCGCGGCUGCACUACACACUGACCGACUGACUCAUACGUGGACGAUGUGCUGCCUGCAAUGUGCUGCAUUGAUGCCAUGCCGUCCGCUUACUGACUGACUGGCUCAUACUGAGAAAGGCGGAAUCGACGCCCACCUGGCCUCACGCACACAUCAGCUCACCACGGGCAGUACGGUACUUGAUAGAGCCAGUUGGGGUCACGCGUGUGCGAUAAGCGAACGAUGCCCAGGCGCAGGCAGGCAUACCGUCGUUUCUGUCCUCCCACGCAUGACAUGACGCUGCUGCUGCUGCUGCUGCUGCUGACGCAUUUGAGGGUUCCCCUUGCACUUUGCGCUAGAUUUGUCUGUGCUCUUCUGAGAGACGGCACAUCCAUCCAUCCAGUGUGACGCAGCUGGCGUGAAGGGUGGGUGGAUGCGUGGUACGUUGACUGACGACCAUGGACCGCUGCUGCAGUCAUGAUGUGGUGGCUGCAUGAUGAACCUACUGUGUGUUGAUGUGUCGCUUGCUCGGCUGGUUUGUCCUUUUAGCGAGAGACUCGAGCUCUUCUUACUCGUUUUAUUCGUUUUGGA